AAGAUGAUGAGCUUAUCGAUUACCGAAGUACACAAUAAAAUUUACUAAAGAUAAAUGAUAAAAAAUGGGAUUAGUACAAGCGUCAGUGAGUAAACCUAGACAAGAACAAUGCGUGCCAUGUCCCGACGGUUAUUGGCCAGGAAACCCUGGAACAUUCGAAGAAGUCCACAAGAAAGUAAAAGACAUGUACCCACGAAAUUUUGAAGGAGCUAGAUUAUUUGUACGUAAAACUCUGAGUGAUUAUUUCAACGCAUACCACACGAUAUCGCUAAGUUCAUUCAUGCCAUCCGGUUACAAAUUUGGCGCAUGUUACAAGGGAGCGAAGCACAUUGGACUCUAUGAAAGAUAUCCACUGAUAAGCGGUGACAUUAUGCCUAAUGGUAAUCUAGCAGCAAGUUUCUCACACACACUCGGUUGUCGUUUUCGAGUGAAGCACGUCACACAAAUAGUUAAAGGAAAAUGCUUGUCAUCAAGUUCAACGGCUGAGUACCGAUCUGAUGACUCUACGUUGUCAUUGAUAGUCGCUGAUCCAGAUGUUCAGAAGCACUCGGGUACUUUUGUGUUGCAAUAUCUGCAAGCUUUGACAUCACGAGUGACACUCGGGACAGAGGUAGCGAUUCAUCGCAGUAGGUAUGUACCAGGUGGGCAACAAUCUCUAAUGACAUUUGCCGCAAGGUAUAGCAGUGGAGCCAGAACUGCAGCAGCCACUUUUGGUCAAGCUGGAUUACACAUUAGUUACCAUCAUCAAGCUAGCCAACAGCUACAGCUUGGAGUUGAGUUAGAGUCUAAUUUACGAACGCUAGAUUCAACGGCGACUCUCAUCUACGAGCUCAAUAUUCCACAUGCUGACAUGAUCUUCCGUGGACUUGUCAACACAGAGACUACUAUCGGUGCUGUUUUUGAGAAAAAACUCUAUCCAAUGCCCGAGACUUCGCUGGUACUCAGUGGAAUGCUCAAUCACAGAAAACAACAGUUACGAGUGGGAAUAGGACUCAACAUCGGAUGACACUGUCAUUUUAAUUAUUUUUAAUAUUCCAAGUGAGAUUGAGCUUAGAUUAGAUAAUCCUAAUUAUCAGUCUCAAAAAUGAAGCCUAUUAUUUAGAAUAAUUAUUCUACAUUAUUUAUUAAGAGAAUUA